AUGGAAAGACUUCUCUACGUGAAAAGAGCCUAUGACAAUCCACGUACUCUCCCGUCCAGAAGAGGUAUGGCAAAUGCUGCAGCAGUAGGAAAUAAUGAUCAAUUAGAGAGUCGGAUUGAUAAGCUCGAGAAGGCACUUUUGUCAGCAAUUGAGAAGAGUAAACCACAAGUUCCUCCAGUCAAUGCCACCACGGUAACUGCCCAAGAGGAUCACUAUCCAAAUACGACUGGGCUUUGGAAUUCAAAUAGGAACUGGAAUUCUGAAAAGCAGGAGGACACGCCUUGGAGAGAACACCUGGACUUUAGAUGGGGAGAGAGAAACUCUAACCAGCCCAACCCACCUCAGAAUGCAUACGAUGGACCCCCAGCCCAAGAUUCACAGCCGAACUGGUCAGGAAGAAACCAGCAUAAUCCGCACCCACCAAAUCCAUAUCAAAAUACCACCUAUGUGCCACAAUAUCAGAUGGGAAACAAGAAUUACCAAUCCCACUCACCCCAACAUUGCCAAAAUCACCCAUGUCCUAACCCUAACCAGCAUCACCACCCCAACCAGUUCAGUCAGUACCCUUCACACCAAAAUCAGCCAAACUACCCUUACAAUCAAAACCAUCCCAUCUACCAGUCACAUCCCAACGGCCAGUAUAACUCCCAUCACCAGCAAAAUCCCUACCUACACCACCUGAAUCCCAAUCACAGUCAACCCCACAACUCUAACCAAUUCGGCCAGUACCCUUCUCAUCAAAAUCAGCCAAACUAUACCUACCACCCAUACCCUAACACCCAGUAUAAUCCCCACCAUCAACAAAAUCCAAACCAUUUCCUACACCAAAACAAGUCAGGAAGAUCUGUGGAAGAGAUGAAGGGAGAGAUGCUUGUUUACAGCCGGAUCAAUUCAACCCAAGGGGGAGGAAUGAUUGAAAAUAUAGCUUGUGUAAUGUGUUUAUGA